AUGGUGGACCGAACCAGUGUGGUGCCUAGCCAUGUUGGCGACAACGUGCUUCCGAACACUCCUCUCUUCGGUCGCCUUCUCCGAUUUGCCAACCAAACUCCCGCGCAUAUAGCGAUCGAAGAUGCCCGUGUCGAGUUGCAGAAGACCCAUAUCCAUCUGCUGUCAGAUGUCUUGGCCUUGCGAAACACCCUUCUCAAUACCCUCGAUGACGCAACCCGCAAAGCGUUAGAGAAGAGAGAAGAGGUGUACAUGGCCAUCGUCGCGCCAGGCGGUUACGAAUGCACCGUGGCAAUGCUGGCGGUACUGGCGCUAGGGGCGGCCGCAGUGCCAAUGACGCCAGCCGUGCCUGUAAGUGAGGCGGCAUACUUCAUCCAAAAGUCAAGAUCAGCGCUUGUUCUUGCGAGUUCGGAGAAUAUAGUCAAAUGCCGUCUUCUUGCUAGGCGCAUCUGUUCUACGAGCAACCCGCAGUUUCGUGUUGUCGAAAUAGGACCGUUCGUCUCAUCACCCACUCUUGACGCUCAGGAAAUAAUCAUUUCAUCGGAUCGAGCCUUGGAAGAGAAUGCGCCGGCUGUGGUCAUCUUCACAAGUGGCACCACGGGACCACCCAAGGGUGCAGUGAUGCGGAGAUCGUACGUCUUUGACUGUGCGUUGUCCAUCGCUGACCACUAUCGCUUGACUGAACACGACGUCAUACUCCACCUCCUUCCAGUACAUCAUGCCACAGGGUUCCGUAGCGGAGGUUUCGACGAGGCCUGGACGUGGAAGCGCUGGAAGGAGGGGGCAGCCCACCCUUCAAGGCGACUUACAUUCUUUUCGGCCGUUCCAACUAUCUGGAUGCGGCUUAGACGAUUCUAUCAAAUCCACCUGCGUAAACUCCCUGCACAUGAACUAGCUCCGUACGUUGCUGGUGCACAACAAUUCCGCGCCUGUUUAUAUGGAACGUCGGCGUUACCUCAGCCGCUAAACGACUUUUGGACAGACCUCUUGCAGCAGAAUAUCCUGCAAAGAUAUGGAGCAACUGAAUUUGGUGCAAUCCUCAAGAUGCGCCUUGGAGAUAAAGACACGCCUAAAGGCUCUGUGGGUGAAAUUGUAAGCGGUGUGGAUGUGAAGCUGUCCGAGGGAAAUGAAGGGGAGAUACUCGUCAAGAGCCCGCAUAUGUUUAUGAAAUAUCUACAUGACCCUGAAGGCACAACCGCUGCGCACGAUGAAGAUGGGUACUUCCGAACCGGUGAUCUUGCACGAAGGGAAGGAAAGUAUUACUUCAUCCUCGGUCGAGCAUCCCUAGACAUCAUCAAGUCGGGAGGAUACAAAAUAUCAGCUCUGGAUGUCGAGAGAGAGCUGCUGGGCUUGCCAUACGUCGCCGAAGCCAUGGUUGUCGGCGUUGCAGAUGAGGAGUUUGGGCAACGUGUGGCAGCCCUACUCUCAUUACAAGAAGAAGAUAUGACAACGGAUUUUCCAGGCAAGCGAUUCAAUGCAGGCAACUCAUUAACUAUUGAUGAGCUACGGCGGGAUCUCCAUGGAAGACUGGCCGGGUACAAGCUGCCAACACUUUUGCGAAUUGUAAAUGAUGAGCUGCCCAAAACUGUCACGGGAAAAGUUCAAAAGAAGACCCUUGGACCGCAGUUCUUCCCAAAAGCAUGGUCCAGCUGCCCAGGCAUACAGAAAUGGGUACCAGAUACCGGAAGAAAGCUAGCGAAGCUGUGACUAAACAAGGCCUCGUGGUGACAAACCGAACAUCUUCAUCACGGUAAAUCAAGAUUGCGCCAAUGAUGCAAUCGCGAGAGUAUAAUGGCCUGAUCCUCAGCAGCACAGCAUUGACUGAAUACUG